AUGGAUCAGAAUGAUUCUACAUUUCAAGACAAAUUAGAAGAUACUUCUGAUAGUAUAUUAAAAUAUAAUUCGGAUUCUAUGUCGGUUAUGCCUUUUGAAUCUUCAGCUUUAUAUAACGAAUAUUCAAUGUCGUUUCCUAAUCUUGAGCGUUGUAAAAGG